UCAAAGAUGACUGGGAAGAAAAAAGAGAAUUUAUUUAUUUAAAAAAUGUUGAACUGAAGGAGCGUUUUGUUGUGAAAGUAAUUGAAAUGACAAUAUAUAAUAAAAACAUAGAAGGGUAUUUGCGUCCAAUUGACUUAAAUCUAGAUAAAAAUAUGUUUGAAGUUGAAAUAAGUGAUAGAUCAGAAUAUAUUCCAUCUGAUCAAUUAAAAAAGAAAAUUUUGAUUGAACUUAGUAAUAACGAAAUAAUUCAAAAUUUUCUGCCUGGGUUUAAAAAAAUGGUAUAUUUUUAUUAA